CUAGCUUGCUGACUUGGGUUUUAUAAACUUACCAUCAUAUUGAUUUGAGUAGCUAGCUAGUUAUGUUUAAAUUAUGGUUUGCCUUUCAAAGUAAAAUGGCUGACCCUAUCAAGUGUACCCGACCAUGAGGAGUAGCAAGCUAACGUUAACUAGUUGGCUCCCUAGUGUUGCUAUUAAUUCCUCUCUAAAAGUAUUGCGCUACUGAAAUAAUAUAAUGUUGCAUUGCAUUGUAUUGCCUUUAGCUAGCUAAGAAAUCAACGUACGGAAAAAAGGGGUUUUCGCUUGUGACCAAGCCAGACACUACCAUCUCAGACGAGCUAUAAUGUUAAUAUUCUACAGAGGAGGGCACAGCCCGUAGCAUUAACUAAGAUCAUAACUAAUGCUAAUGGAUCACACCAAUGCACGUCUGCAUAGAUAUCAUCAUAUACUGCAAACCUGUCAUGUCUGUAAAUUAUUAAAACUUUUCGCCAAAAUAGCUUGUUAGUUGGAAAUGCCUUGUUGUAUUUGGCUAAAUUGCAAAGCAUCCAUUUUGUCGACGUGAGAUCGCCAGCAAGCAACACCGAAGUGAUUAGCCAUUGCACCGGCAGUUGGAUAGCUAACGUUAGCUAAUGUGGACAUUAAUCACCGUGAUUACAGCUUAUGUAGUACGUCGCAUGUUUAAAACUGGAAAAAUGUUAGGUUUAGAAACAUCACGAUUGUUUUGUGUGUAGUUUUUGUUUCCUGUUUGGUGCACGGAUUUAGACCUCCUCUUCCUCCCCUUUCCACUCUGCCAACAAAAACAGGAGGCGAGGAGACUGAAUUCACUGGAGUGUGCAUUUGGGAUCCCGUCUUGAACAUCCUCCACCAUUGCUCUUCACUCAGAAGACACUAUCGCCUCCCUUCGCCCAGGAUUUGGUUAUCAUGGCAAAAGAUGCUGGUCUGAUUGAAGCCAAUGGAGAACUGAAGGUUUUCAUCGACCAGAAUCUCAGUCCGACUAAAGGAAAUCCCCUGAAGGUCACUUUUGUGGAAAAUCCCAGAGUUUUGUCACUGGUGACUGUCCAUCCAUCGUCUGUCACACUGGGGAAGCAACUGCUGCCCAAAACACUUGGACCAUCAAACGUCAACAUAGCGCCCCACAUGGUGAUUGGCACUCCCCAGCGGCCCAGCGGCUCCAAUACCAUCCUGGUGGGCAGCCCGCACACGCCCAAUGCCCAGUUCCUCAGCCACGGUCAGCCGCCCGACUCCUCCCCCUGGUCCACCGGGAAGCGCAGUAAGAAGGGGGAGAAGAAUGGCAAAGGCCUGAGGCACUUCUCCAUGAAGGUGUGUGAGAAGGUGCAGAGGAAGGGCGUCACCACCUACAACGAGGUGGCGGACGAGCUGGUGGCCGAAUUCAGCUCCUCGGACAACGUCGUGUCACCCGCUGACCCGCAUGUGUACGACCAGAAGAACAUCCGGCGCCGUGUGUAUGACGCGCUCAACGUGCUCAUGGCCAUGAACAUCAUCUCCAAGGAGAAAAAGGAGAUCAAGUGGAUCGGACUUCCCACCAACUCCGCCCAGGAGUGCCAGAACCUGGAGGUGGAGAAACAAAGAAGGCUUGAAAGAAUCAAGCAGAAACAGUCUCAGUUACAAGAGCUCAUUCUACAGCAAAUCGCCUUUAAGAAUCUCGUCCAGCGAAACCGGCAGGCUGAGCAGCAGGCCAACAGGCCCCCCCCUCCCAACUCGGUCAUUCAUCUACCUUUCAUCAUCGUCAACACCAGCAAGAAAACCGUCAUCGACUGCAGCAUCUCCAACGACAAGUUCGAGUACCUGUUUAACUUUGACAACAUGUUCGAGAUCCACGAUGACAUCGAGGUGCUGAAGCGCAUGGGCAUGGCGUGCGGGCUGGAGGUGGGGAAGUGUUCCCCGGAGGACCUGAAGAUGGCCCGCAGCCUGGUGCCCAAAGCCCUGGAGCCCUACGUCACAGAAAUGGCUCAGGGCUCGAUAAGUAAUGUCUACAUCACGGGGGGAUCCUCCUCCAAUGGGGGGCGCUACCAUACUGGCAGUGAGAGCGGGGCAGACGGCACGCUGGCCUCCAGCUCCAGCGGGUCGCACUACAGCGGCUCGCGGGUCCAGACCCCCGUGUCCUACAUGGGCGACGAGGAUGAUGACGAUGACUACGAGGAGAACGAUGACGAAGAUUAACCCUAUCUCUCCCCAUCCUGAAUACUCCUUCAAGCAGUCUUCUCCCACCCCCUUUCCCCCUCCUUCUCUCUCUCUCUCCAUUCUCGUUCUCCCCUUCCUCCUUCCCUCUGUGCUAAGGUCAUGGAUACCAUAGCAAGCUGGGAACCAAUAAUCUAUAGCUCCCAAAUAUUUGUGUAUGCUUUAUGGGGGUGUGGGUUGAUUUCAGAAUCAAGGCCUGAUGGGAGUUGUAGUCCUGAACUUGAUGUUUUGGAGUACGUGGCUCAGGACCUCCCAUCGGUGCCCAUGAAAACCGCUGUGCAGUGCCCCCUGGUUUGAGCUCUCAUAGUGAACUUCAUCUUUCAGCAAAGCGAAAGACCGCAAAGGAUUCCCUCCAAAACCUCUUAACAACCGACAGCUGUUGUUGGGAGAAAUCUGUAGUGUGAUGACAUGCGUGUGUAGUAAAGAUAUCUCCCGUUUGCUUGUGGGGUUUUUUUUUUUUGUUUUUUUUUGUUUUUUUGGUUACGGCAUGUGGAGAAACACCGCAGACGUGACCGACCCAGGCUGUUUUUAAGAUGGCCGCCUCCCAAAGACUGUUAAAACAGAGACUGAAUCUGUGAACUGGCUGUGUCGGAGAACCUGUACGAGUCUUCAAGCUGAGUCGGAGACGGAACCUCUGAGGCUGAACCUCUGAGGCUGAAUCCGAGGAGCUAAAUCUACAAGAUGGCCGAAAGCAGAAUCCCCGUGAAUCCGAGAGCCUGCUGAAUUGGAGAAUCUCUGAAUCCAAAGGCGGGCCGAAUCGAAUGAAUCUCUGAGCUGGCUGCAGAAGAGGCUCAACCUUUGCCUGGAUGAACAUUAUUUUUGUAUGACGAUUGAUUGCAGGUUUUUGAUCUCAUUUUGCUCAGUUAGGUUGGCUUCCUGAUGUUUUGUGGGCAGCUAUGUUUCGCGACUCGGUUGAGCAUUUCGGGACGAGUAGAUGUGUAGAGGAGCCCCUCCCCGGGCUCUCAGCCCCGCCCAUUUCUGUUUACAGUAUGUACAAACGAGGGACGUCUUGGUAAACUCGAACCCACACAAAAACUGCAUUUCGGGACAAGCUUUUGUGCAUGAAAAGACUGUUCGGUGAAAGCCGUUGAAUAUUUGGCUUUCUACAGAUUGGUGGGGAAAUGAAAAGUGAAUGUCACUUUGUUUCCUUAACGGAGUCAACUUUAAAAAGUAGCUGUGGGUUGAGUUUCUGUCAGGAUUACCCUCAUGUCGCUCCUUUUUAAAACAAAACAAAAAUGUACUGACUCUUCCAAGUACCUUUUCUGUAAUCUAAUAUAAGUUUGAAAAUUAAAUAUAGGGAAUGUUUUAACAAGGUUUUUUGUAACUCAGAUUUGUCCUCUGAAAUAUUGUAAAGAAUUUUAUAAAGCAGUUGUUGGACAGACA